AUGGAUUCUGUAACGAAAACAAGGCAAGAUGGAUCAGAAGUUACUGAAAGACUUAUUACAGAGACUAUAACCACAAGACUCACUUCCUUACCACCAAAAGGAGGAAGUAGCACUGGGCUCAAAACAUCAUCCCACACUGGAGGGAGUGGAAUAGAAAAGAGGACUUACACCCAUAGCAGCAGCUGUGUGACUUCUAGUGGAAGUGGUAGAAUGAAUUCAUCAUCRUCAUCCUCCGGCUACAGACAAACCCAGUCUCCCAGCUCUACUCUCACCAAAUCACCCAGCUCAACAUUUGAAAGAAAAACCUAUGUCACUCGUCAUGCAGCAUAUGAAGGGAGCUCCAGUGCUAAUUCCUCUCCUGAGUUCCCCAGAAAAGARCUUGGAUCWGCCUCCACACGAGGGCGAAGCCAAAGUCGAGAGAGUGAAAUACGAGUCCGACUGCAGAGCGCAUCACCAUCUGGCAGAUGGACGGAGCUGGACGAUGUGAAACGUUUGCUGAAAGGAAGUCGGUCAGCAAGCUGCAGCCCUACUCGAUCACCAUCAAGCACUCUCCCAAUCCCCAAAAAAGCUGUGGUGGAGACAAAGAUGGUUACUGAGAGCUCUCAGUCAGUGUCAGGGACAUACGAUACAACCAUACUGAACACUGCUCUCCCUUCGUACAUGUGGUCCUCUACWCUGCCUGCUGGAUCUUCUCUUGGUGGAUACCACAACAGCAUGGCCCAGAACUCCUCGUUAAUCAAUACUAUGUCUCACUCUACAGGAUCAGUCUUUGGCGUUCCAAAUAACCUGGCUCCCAGCAAUCCCACUCUGAACGCAGGCCUGAGUGCUUCCUCAUCAGUGUUUGGUGUUCAAAACAACCUGUCUCCAAGCUCUGCAAGUCUGACCCAAAAUGCCACCGCAGCCUCUGCAGCAUAUGGGCUGAAGAACACUUCCCAAAGCAACACCAUGGCUAGUACUGGCGUGUCUGCCUCAGCAGGGGGAACCGUUUUGAGCUCCCAGGGAGACGAUGUCCUGCGCAAAGACUGCAAAUUCCUGCUGUUGGAGAAAGAGAAUGUCCCAGCCAAGAAGGAGAUGGAGCUCUUGAUCAUGACAAAGGACAGUGGCAAARUCUUUAGUGCCUCUAACCCUGGGCUCAAUGGAGGAUCCUACGCAGAAGACACCUUGAAGAAAGAGAAGCAGGGAUUUUCCUCAUAUGGUGCAGAUGCUGGCCUAAAAUCAGAAACAAAUGGAGGACUAAAAUCCACACCCKCAAGGGACAAAGCAACUUACGCAGAAAUACGAGGUGGAGAUGGAGGGGGUGCAAUAGGAUCAGCGCCGUCCUGGUGUCCCUGCAGUUCCUGCUGUAGCUGGUGGAAGUGGCUCCUGGGUUUGCUUCUGACCUGGUUACUUAUCCUUGGAUUGCUCUUUGGACUCAUUGCUCUGGCGGAAGAAGUGAGGCAGCUGAAAUCUCGUGUGACUGAUCUGGAAAAAAACACAGUGAACCUCCAGACUGGUCACUCAUGGAAUGAAAAAGCAAUUGAGAAUUCAAAAGCAAAAUCUGUUUAUACCAUGGUAUCCUCCUCGUCCCAGCCUUAUUCAGAUGACUCCAUUUGGCUGAUGGUGAGGAGCAAACUGAGCAAGGAAAUGGAACAAGGCUUCUUCCGAGGGGAGAGAGGAGAACCUGGUCUGAAAGGUGAUAUGGGAAUGCAAGGACCCAAAGGAGAGCGAGGACUUCCRGGAAUCCAAGGCGUUCCUGGUCCAACUGGACACCAAGGACCAGAAGGACCAAAAGGACAGAAAGGCAGCAUGGGUGAUCCUGGCAUGGAAGGUCCCAUGGGACAGAGAGGUCGAGAAGGGCUGCCAGGGCCUCGAGGAGAGCCUGGACCACCUGGAUUUGGAGAAAAAGGAGACAGAGGUGUUGUUGGUGAGCCAGGUCCUCCAGGGCCACCUGGUCCCCCAGGUUCAACAGGCCUUAAAGGUCUUAUGGGUUCCCCAGGCCCCCAGGGUCCUCCAGGUCCUCCUGGCCUACAAGGGUUUAGAGGAGAAGCAGGUCUUCCAGGURCAAAGGGUGAGAAAGGAGCUGCUGGAGCCCCUGGACCAAAAGGUGACCAGGGAGAGAAAGGUUCCCGUGGAAUGACAGGUGAACAAGGCUUAAGAGGAAUGCCUGGUGUUCCAGGAGAGCCAGGGCCUAAAGGAUCAGUAGGACCAGCUGGCCGUGAUGGACAGCCAGGUGAAAGAGGUGAACCAGGUCUUAUGGGAAUGUCAGGAGCCCGAGGCCCGCCAGGACCCACAGGAGAUGCAGGACAGCCGGGUCUCACAGGACCCCAGGGACCCCCAGGACUUCCAGGAAACCCAGGCAGACCAGGAACUAAAGGAGAACCUGGAGCUCCAGGCAAAGUUAUAAGUGCUGAGGGUUCGUCAACUAUUGCUUUGCCAGGCCCACCAGGUCCCCCAGGCCCACCUGGUCCCACUGGACCCCCAGGUGUCCCAGGUCCUGUUGGGCCAGCUGGUCUCCCUGGACAGCAAGGUUCACGAGGUGAGCCGGGAUCUGCAGGUGAAGCUGUGAUAGAAACCAUCAGAAAAGAAGUCUCAUCACUAACAUCUCAGAUGCUGGCAGAUCUGCAAGGGCGAGCAGGACCACCAGGCCCCCCUGGCCCACGAGGUGAAUCUGUGCAAGGACCCCCUGGACCCCCAGGUAAAAUAGGAUUGCCAGGACCUCCAGGCCCACCAGGGAGACCAGGAUCGAUGCACAGCUCGGAUACAUUCUUCACAGGACCACCAGGUCCACCAGGCCCGCCAGGUCCAAAGGGAGAGCAAGGCGAACGAGGCCCACGAGGAUUCACAGGUGAACCCGGUGAGCCUGGCCUCCCAGGAAUCUCCUCACACGGCAGCAGCUUGACCAUGCAAGGACCUCCAGGCCCACCAGGCCCACCAGGACCCAAAGGUGAUGCAGGUGUCCCUGGUGCGCCUGGCAUCCCUGGAGCAUCUCGAGCUGGGUCCAGACAAAUUCAGGGACCCCCAGGACCUCCUGGGCCGCCUGGUCCUCCUGGCCCAGGUGGAAGCUCAUCUCAAGAGAUUCAGCAGUACGUCAUCGACUUCCUCAAGAGUGACAACGCAAGGCAUUACUUGACUGGUGUCCAAGGCCCCCCAGGUCCCCCUGGCCUCCCUGGAGUCAUCACUAUGGCGGAUGGAAAGACCCUGGACUACGGGGAGCUGGCAGCCCGCGUGAUGAGCUACAUAGCAGGCUCUUCAGGUCAUUAUAAUUCAUUUGACAGUUCAAUAUCAGCUACAUCCAUUUUGCAACAAGAACUUUUCCACAUGUUGCAGAGAGAAGAAGUUCGACAGUACUUAACUGGACCGCGGGGUCCACCAGGACCUCCUGGACCAGGGGCAGAUGGCGUGUCCUUGUUGCUGGAUUAUGAUGAAUUGACCAAACGGGUUAUCAGCUACUUGACAAGCUCUGGGAUGAGCAUUGGGCUCCCCGGCCCGCCGGGCCCCCCGGGGACACCUGGGCUGUCCUACAGCGAGCUGAGCGCCUACCUGCGAGACUCUGAAUUCAGUGGCCUUGUUGGGCCCCCUGGGCCUCCCGGGCCCCAGGGACCUCCAGGGAUCCCUGGAUCGGCUGGCAUCUCUCUGGAAGACCUCCGUGCUCACCUGCAAAGUCUGGGAUACUCUUCCCUCUCUGGAAUCCAGGGUCCCCCUGGCCCCCCAGGUCCCCCAGGCCCUCCAGGCUUCUCAGGAACCGGUCUGCUGUCCUAUGCUGACAUCACUCACAGCGACGAGUUCAGGAGCGAGCUCAUCCAGUACCUGAAGAGUGAUGAAGUUCGAAGCUACAUCUCAGGGCCUCCUGGGCCCCCUGGGCCACAGGGACCCCCAGGACCCAAAGGGGACAGUGGCUUGGCAGCAGGGUCCAUGUCUGCGUACCGAGAGUGGCUGGAUUCCGAGUCGCGCCGAGGAUCCUUUGGGCCUGGGGGAGCCCAGGGCGGGUCCAUGGACACGAGCAGCUCCUACAGCAGCUCCCGGAGCAGUGUGUCAUCCUACAGCUCCUCUGCCGGCAGCGAGGGCUCCUUCGGCGCCGCCCUGGGCAGCGAGGGCUCCCACAGCAGCUCCAGGGGCUCCGAGGGCUCCUUGGAUGGGCUGCUGGGCGCGGAAGAGGCGCACAGGAGAGCAYUGGGUUCCAGCAGGUCCUACAGCGACUCCUUCUCUGGCCCCCUGGAUUACAACGAGCUGGCCCUGCGCGUGUCGGAGAGCCUGCAGAGCCGAGGUAUCCUUCAAGACCUGAUGUCCUACAAUGCACAGGGGCCCCCCGGGCCUCCUGGCCCUCCUGGUCCCCCUGGAAUCAGCAGAGUCUUUGCAUCCUAUGGCAAUGUCACCGAGGACCUCAUGGACUUCUUCAGAACCCAUGGCACCAUCCAGGGGCCGCCUGGUGCGAAGGGGGAGAGGGGCCCGCCCGGYCCCAAAGGUGACCCGGGACCAAUGGGCCCUCCAGGCCGCCACGGACACAGGGGCCCAAGAGGAGAGAAAGGAGAGAAAGGUGAGCAAGCGUACGUUGGCAGAAGAAGAAGACGAAGCGUCGGUGUCUAA